GGGCCCGCGCGGGAAGGGACUUCCCGGAAUCCCUCCUGCUUCCCACCUACUGCUGCCGCCGGCCAGGACCGGCCAGGACCGGCCAGGAGCGGAGAGGGGCAACGGACCAUGGCUUCGGGCCGGGGAGUGCCCAGUGGUCAUGGUGGAGCUGGUUGGGGGCCGGAUCCCAGCUAACUGCAUAGUGCUCGGCUGCCCGUAGCGGGACGAGGAGGAGCCGGCAGCAUGAACGACGACCGCAGCCUCAGCUUCCGUGAGCAGCUCCUGAACAUCGACAAGAACCUGGGCAGCGAAGAGGUGGAGGCCCUCAAGUUCCUCUGCAGCGACUGGAUCCCCUUCAAGAAGCUGGAGAAGGUGCGAUCCGCCAAGGAAAUCUUCCAGCACCUAGAGGAGGGGGACAGGCUCGACCAGGAAGACCAUUUUGUGGUGGUCGAGCUCCUCUACCACAUCAGGCAGCACGCUCUGCUCAAGCAUGUAGGCUACACCAAGGAGAAGGUCGUCAAGGAGCUGCCCACCAAGGGCAAACUCUCUCAAUUCAGGCAAAUGCUGUUUGAACUGUCGGAGGACAUCACCCAAGAAGACUUGAAGAAUAUGUUAUUCCUUCUGACUGAUCAUCUUCCAAAGAAGAAAAUGCAGUCGACCCUGAGCCUUCUGCUCUUCCUGGAGAAGCAGGAGCUGCUGGGGGAGAACAAUCUGGAGAAGCUGGAGGAAGUUUGCAGACAGGUUUCUCCGGAGCUCGUGAAAAGAAUCAACAAGUACAAGAACGAGAGGCUGUCCCGGAAGGAACGACUGUUGGUGGAUAAGGAAGGUGUAACCACCCCCGAAGGACAGAGAAUCAGCUCUUCUGGGCCGGACAGUGUCUGCCUCCUUUCCAGCUUGCAGGAGCCUUCCGGGCAGAAGGUACGAACAAAUCCCGACGACCUUUGCAAGGCGGAUCCAGUGAGUUUGCAGGAGCGUGGUGAAAUAAUGCGAUCCUCUCUGAGACAAGAAAGUAAUAAUGAUGAUAAGGUGGUGAAAGUCCCUCCGCCCGUUUCUGGGGAGAUGGUGGGCGUGUCGAACUUCAGGAGGGGAUCGGAAGGCAUCGCGGAGGAACUGUCAACCUAUAGGAUGAAUCGGGCCCACAGAGGUUAUUGCAUCAUUUUUAACAACUAUACAUUCAAAGGCAAAUUAAACUCCAGGAAGGGAACUCAGAAGGAUGUGGCUGAGCUAGAGCGGGUGUUCCGGUGGUUGGGUCUGGACGUGGAGACCUUCAACGACAAGACCAGGCAGGAGAUGGUGGCGACCCUGGAGGAGUGUAGCAGGCGGCCGGACCACGACGUCCGGGACUGCCUGGUCUGCUGCGUGCUCUCCCACGGUGAAUCGGGCGCCGUCUACUCGGCCGACGAAGAGCUCAUCCCCAUCCGCCAGAUCAUGUCCUACUUCACGGCCAAAGACUGCCCCAGCCUGGCCCACAAGCCCAAGCUCUUCUUCAUCCAAGCCUGCCAGGGCAAAGACAUCCAGGAGGCGGUGCAGAUCGAACCAGACGCCAGGAAUCCCGACCUGGACCCCCAGCCCGAGCCGCCCCCGGCCCCGCGGGAGUCUCCCAAGGACAGCAUCCCCGCCGAGGUGGACUUCCUCUUGGGCAUGGCCACCGUCGACGGCUACGCGUCCUUCCGCCACGUGAACCAGGGCACCUGGUACAUCCAGGCGCUCUGCCGCCAGCUGGCACUGCUGGUGCCCAGGAGGGAAGACAUCCUUUCUAUCCUCACAGCGGUCAAUGACGAUGUGAGCCAGCGGGCGGAUCACUUGGGGAAAAAGAAGCAGAUGCCCCAGCCAGCCUUCACGCUCCGGAGGAAACUGGUAUUCCCUGUGCCUCCUGGAGCCCCACCGUCCAGCCUGGAAUAGCCUCUUUCAGCCCCAGGGGCUAACGUCCAGCCUGGCCUCUGCCAGAGGCAGGAGAGCAUUUCUGAGUGUCUGUUGAUGGAAAGUAUUUAUUGUGUGCAGAGCAUGGUUCUAAGGGCCUGGGUCAGAGUAAUGGUGUUCCUUCAAGAUCUUAGAAUCUCGCGGAGAAAGAUGCAAAGUAAAUGGAGGGAGCAGGGGGAAGAGGCCUGGAAGAUCGCGUACUUUAACUUGGGUCAGGUUAAUUGUUCUGUCCAGGACCCCAAAUCUCAGGGAGUGGGACGGGGGCUGAUAUGAAUGGCACAAUUUCACAGUUUCACUUUGGGCUGUUUUGGCUGUGUGCAUUUUGAUUGAUGGAGAGGUGUCCCUUCUUCACUGGAGUGCUAUUUCUGUCACUGGUGAGAUCGAUGGAUUGAUUGACUGCUUUGAGCGGAGCCUUGUACUGAGUGCUUGGGAGGCUGCAGUAGAGUCGAUU